UUAAACAUUUAGAUGCAAUGGAGGAAACAUUAUCUGAUGACCUUCGAAAUCUAACCUAUGGGUCAGAUAGGGGGCAUAUUUUUGGGAUGCCCUGGUUAGACUCCUGUCUUGAGGAGACACUGCUGCCUGAAAAACCAUGGCAUAGGGUUUACAAUACGCUGGGAGCAGCUCUUGCCAAAGAGGUGGAAGCACAACUGAAGCACCCUCAACAAAGCCAAUUCAUCUUCACCCUCCUAGGAGAACACUUUGUAGAGAAGCACUUCAGUGAUUUCCCCAAUCAGCCCAGCAUUCUGUGUCCGCCAAGCAUGAGUGAGAGUGAGCGAGUUUCUUUGGGAAAAAACACCCUCGCCACACUGGAGGAGCUUUGUGAGAAAGCUGCGCAGAGCAGCCACUGCCAAAGGAGACCAGAUGGUGACCUCACUGGUUUAUCCCAGGAGAUGACCAAUUUUAUCAAUGACACCUACAGCUUGGUAGUUACUGAGAUGGAACAGUUACUGGCCAGACAGGAGGCAAAGAAAAACGAUGGCGAGGGUUUGAGCUCAGAUACAUGGCAAUCUGCCUUUGCUUUUAUGGCAAGAAGAAGACGUGCAAAAUCUGUGGAGAGCAAAGAUCUGCAUUUGACAACCCGCCGAGGAUCUGCUUUUCAGAUACAACCUGAAGAUGAAGGCAUUCCGCUUCCUGGCUUACAGCCGCCUCUCCUGAGCUCCCCUGGAAGUGAAGUGCUGGGAAGAUCGGUGUCUGCCAUCCUUGCUUCCGAUCCCCAGCGAAUGGCGACAGUGUGUGAGAGGCUGAAAGGGAGGCCACUGCCAACUACCCUCAGAAACUCUGUAUGGAUUGAUAAACUGCUAAACACAGACAAAGUGUUUCAUAAAGCAAUUUCUUUACAAAAUCUUGAGAAAGCUGCCAGAGAGAAGUUUGGCCGAGCAGUGGGACACAGGGUGGCUGAAUUGAAACUCAGAAGUGCCACUCGAUCCCCUGUCUCGGGCUUGAUUGAAAACGCUGUGGUGGAGAAAUAUGAAAGGACACCCUGUAUGCAAACUUUUGCUACCAAUGAGCAGAUGAUCUCAGAAACAAGCAAAGCAUUGAACAUUCUCUAUGUGCACAAUGGGACUUAUGAGCCUUAUCUCAUCCACUGGCUCUUUCCUUUACAAAUUGCGUUUAAGCAAGCAGAUACUAAGGCUGAACACUGCUACGAACUGGCCAUGUACCUGCAUUUUCUCAUCCAGAAGUUCCCAUCCUGGCCAGAGAUUUUUACCCUGGCAGAACGUGUCAUGAGACACGUGGAAGAGGAGGACCCAGACUUUUAUGCUCAUCUUCAGCUCUGCUCUUCCAGGAAUGCUGUCUUUGAUCCCAAGGAUUUUUUGGCCGAGCUGAUCGCUAGAGAGAGGCAGCAGGCCCAGGAGCUGUUGGAUGUUACAGACAGAACUGAUAGGCACCAAGCUAUCAGCAAAGAGCUGCUUGCAAACCCCAUCAUCUUCCUUCGGAAAUGGAUGGGAGAGGGAUUCAUGAGCGUUCUAGACCUGCCUGCAGUGCUGCUGAUAUGGGACCAGCUUUUCAUGCAUGACUGGAGUCGGAAAGUGAUGGAAGAUUUCUGCCUUGCAGUCUUGAUGCUGCUUAAGGACCCUUUGAUGGCAGCAGAUAGCUAUCAGUCUAUGAGACAGGUCUUUCUAGAUCACGCCAGCCAUCUGUUCACCGCUGAUAUUCAGAAGGGCUGGAUUCACCUGCAGCAAGGGGGACUCGCAGCGGAUAUCCCAGCGUUUAAUAGAUUACAUUUAAGAUUGCUCUAUGGACCAUUCCCAAAACAAGGGACAAGAAAAGAUGUAGGUCAAGUUAACCUGGGAUAUAUCCUUCCUACCGGGUUGAAAGAUGUGGUUGUGAAGUUGAUUUUAAAACAUCCCAAGUCUGAUGCCGCGCAUAACGCCUGGCUGAAGGAGUUUGAUCCGCUUGCUGUUAAAUUAACAGUGUCCGUGUUUUACGGGAAUGUGAAGCUUCGCUCCAAGUCCAGCCUUCUCAAGCCAUCUGUCGAGAAAAGGGCAUCUGGAAAGGAAACAGAUGAGUUCAGACUGCAAUUCAAUGAUACGUUUGUGUUUGACUCCCUGGACCCAUCUGAAUUCAGGGAGGUGGACCCUUCAGAGGACAAGCCUGUCCUGGUCGUGAAGCUGCUCUACAGCCCAGCAGGCUUCACUCCAGUAACACUUGGCUGGGUAAAAGUGGACAUAUUUCAGGAAGAAAAGACAGCCACUCGCACGCUGUGGGCUCCUAAUGAGAUCUCAGCAUACAUCCAAAUGCAGGCUGGCAGACUUCCUGAGUACAUCACAGAUCAAAUUCCAGUAAACAGCACAACAGAGCCUGUGCAACAAGGAUCUGGCAUCAGAGUCACCGUUUACGAUCCUGCAAAAAAACUUCACAGACAGAGAGACAGUCCGGUACAGGAGGAAAGAGCUGUUCCUCAGGAGGAGUCCGGUUUCCUUUACCCCCCGUGGGUUCCACACAGCCCCACAGCAGCCGUUCCACAGCAGGCAUCAGUCAGCCAGCCCUUGGACUUUUACAUUGAUGCAGUGCACUACAUCCCUGAUAAUGCAACUAUAAUAAAGGUGACUGGAAGAAUCAUGCGAUCAGGGUUAGAGGAUCUGCCUGACAUCUUGGCUCUUCCAGAACUCAAGACGUCAGCGAGAAACCCAGAAUUCCGCUAUCGCAUGACAGUAAAAGCAGAUAACCAAAAACCACUGGACCCACAUAUGAUGCUUUUGCUGCGGGUCUAUACUAUUGAUGUAGACUCUGGAGAGCUAUGUGUUAUAGGGAACUGCAUUGCUCGGGUAUUUAACAACCACGGGCAAUUAAACGCUGGGGGGUUUCAGCUCAGAUUACGAGGAGGGAUGCCAUCAAAGGACCCAGUCGCCCUUACAGAAUCAUCACUCAAUCACCACUCUGUAAUUCCCUGCUGCACAGUCCUUAUUCGAAUUCUUCCUCAUGAGUCUGAGCCAGCCCCCACUCCCAGCUACCUUAGUGGAUUUUACUUCACUGAUGAAGCAAAACCCAAUAAAUCAGAGCUGGAAAUAAUCUCCACCUUCCAAAGGGAUAAGAACUUCCCAACAACUGAGGAAGAUAUGGUCCAGCUGCUGAUAGGGAAAGAGCAAGCUAACAUUCCACCCGAUCAGUGGCUUGCCUGGUUUAAGGAGAGACUGGAUGCCAAAAAGCAGCUCCCACCUCAACACCCCCCCGCACACCUCAGCAUACACCAUAUGGUGCGCUAUCACCAGCAAGCUGGCAUUCGUGUUCACAUCGCACAGGCAUUCGGGCUUCCUGAGGGCCUGUAUGUGAAUGCCUUUGCCAGAAUUCUGAAAGGAGCUGCUAGUUUACACCUUCCUGAACUUCCAGAACGCUGGGGUGGGGAGGAGAAGUUUCUAACUCGCCAGCACGAUCUUACAAGUCUUCAGAAGUCUCCUCGUUGGACUGAUCCAUCUACUGUUUUACAUCCUCACAUUGACCCACACUCAAUACUGCUGGUCCAGCUGUUUAGUCUGAAUGCUGUUUAUACCCCUGAUCCAAGCGGCCAGCGUCAGGGAAGCGUUACUUCCCACUCCGGAGGGCAACCAGACCCUGAUGCCCUGUCACCGCUAGGAUGGGCAGCUCUUCCACUGUUCCAAGGUGCCUAUGCAUGCACAGGGGUGCACCAUACACCUUUGUUUGAAGGAACUCCAGAUGCUGCAUUUCUAGGGUCUGUAUCCUCCUGCCCUGUGAAAAAUGCCCUCGCAGAAGGCCUGAAGCGAAAGAGCCAGAAGCUGCUGAAGAACUUUGUUAGCCUGGCUGUCAAGGUGUGGGACGGACAUUACUUUGAUGAUGAGCGCCAUGAUUUGCCUGUUAUCGACGACCUUCUAACUGUGGGCAAUAUGAAGAAGUUUCAGAAAACGCAGGCAAGCAAGUCAGGAAAAGAUAUGUCCCUGCUGGUUCUGCAGUCUUUUGAUCGCAAGAUCAGGAAGCAGGGGAGGAACAGCGCGGAGUAUCAACGCGAAGAGCGCUUUUAUGAGGAUGCAAUGGCAGAUGCAUUCUACACACUAAUGGAGACUGCCCUGAUGAAUGCAGGCUAUGGACCUUUGUAAGGCAAACUGCUGCUGUGUAAUAAGCUCAAAAUAAUUGGAAAAUUCUUUUAAAACAUUAUGUCAGGGUUUGUAAUCCAUUCUGUUACCAUUUGGUAGCGUCAGCACCAUUUUCGCUUCACUUAUUGCUGUGCAUUUGAACAUUUCAUUUUAAGUAGCAGUAUCUGAGGCGACAGCAGUAUACAGUGGGCUUUCCUGUGUGGGGUUUUUGCUUUCUUUACUGGUCAUGUUUAAUUCUCAAUUAGAACUGCACUUACCACAUGGUGCGCUAACCUGCUUUACUGAGACCGUUUCUUUGAUUACAUGAUCUUAAAUAAAAGAUCUAAAUUAUGUUCAUUGUUUUUUUUUUGUUUUUUUUUAAAUUAUGUCUCAAUCCUAAAAUUGUAGGCGAUGCAAAACCUUUGGCCAUCGCUGUAGAUCAAAUGAAUCAUUAUACUUUGCAUAGUCAGAUUGUCAUGUGAUUUGAGUAAUACAUUAUAUGUAAUUGCUGCUGUUCACUGAUGGUCACCUGCCAGGACACUUUUGUAAAUGAGGCUGCGGUGGUUAUAGAACGAAUAAACAAAUAAACAUUUUAAUAUAGUAUUUUGUAAAUUACACUUCAGCAGGAGUUGGUGGUCUGUAGCUGCUGUUCAUAUGUUUCCAAUGAUGUGUUGAUGAUGUUUUAAUAAAACUUUUGUACACAACUCCCCCGAGUCAUUCAAAGUCACUAUUAAAAUGAGACGAUGGUGUAGUUCUUGCCUUGCUUCUAGCUGUGUGUUUCAAUCCCACUGAGGAUUGAGGCUUACUUACUGCAGGCUGAGUCAUACCACCAAAAUAUGAAAUUGAAAAACCAAGCAAGGUAGAUGUCACUAACGGCAUAGAGACAAAAAUAAAUGACAACAUACCAAAGCAAAUGUAUGUAAAUUAAAUCAACCCAGAAUCUUUUAGUUGGGUUUAAGU